AUGGGAAGAUGUGGAAAUGUGCAUGAAGCUGCAAAAGCCAUUGCAUUCUUGGCUUCCGAAGACGCAUCCUUCAUCACUGGUGAAACCCUGAGAGUAGAUUGCGGAGCAGCUGUGGCAAAUGCAGGCAUAGGAGUCCCUGGAAAUCUGGAAACCUUGACUCUGGAACAAUAUGAGCACCAGCAGCUGGUGAACACAACAUCUGUCUUCAGUUUACUCAAACUUGCAAUGCCAGAGUUGAAGAAGACCAGAGGAAAUGUUGUUGCUGUGUCCUCAAUUGCUGGUCUGAAACCAAUUGACUCAAUGUUGACAUAUUGUGUGAGCAAAGCUGGUAUGGACCAAAUGAUCCGCUGCAUCUCCUUGGAAGUGGCAAAAGAUGGCGUUCGCGUCAACUGCAUAAACCCUGGCGCCAUCUACACUAAUAUUUUCAAUGCAAUGGGCAUUUUUGGAGAUGGAAUGACUUAUGAAAAGGCCAAUGCAUUGGUAUCAAAGACUCAUCCGAUUGGAAGGAUUGGAAAUGUUUAUGAAACUGGAAAAGCCAUUGCAUUCUUGGCAUCAGAUGAUGCAUCAUUCAUCACUGGUGUGACCCUGAGGGUGGAUGGAGGAGCUGCUCUGGUUCUUCCCUUGCCUGAUAUUCCUCUUGGAAACAAGUGAAGGUUCAUUUGGGAAACUAUAUACAGUAUCUUAAAUUGCCUGCAUGUCUGCCUGUAAUGAAAAUUAAUGUACUGUUUUUACUCAAUAGUACUGGGAUGUGCCC